UGUGGAAUGAUAACAGCGCUCAUCUUUAUAGCGCCUUGCAGCGCAUUUACUCUCCCCCUCCCGCGCAACCCGAUCCCUGACUGAGCGCUGCCAACUCCCCACCCCAGCGGAGGGCCUCCUGUCAGCAUGCGUCACUGGUGGGCCGCUCGCUCCCGCCCCCCCCGUCGCACUAUAAACUGCUGCGCCAUCGGCCCGCGCACAAACACCACCAGGAUGGAUGCCCAGCUUCUGCUCCUCUGUGUCUCCUGCCUGCUGGGGGCCUGCGUAGGCAACACUGCCACCCUGCAAAAGGCCAACAAGAAUGGGCACUGCCUUUACACCUUCACUGUGCCCAGUCCUGUCGAAGGCAGCUGUCCAGAGGCGGCGGGUGAACCCGAGAUCGAGGCCAUCAAGAACCGCCUCAGCCUGGUGGAGGGACUGCUCAGCCGCGUCAUCCAGGGGACCCCGACAGCCAGCCAGGUGAGCCUGGAGCGGGAGAUGGCACGUCUGCAGGAGGAGAACAGGCACCUGAAGGCGAACCAGUGCCACCACAGAGCCGGCAGCACAGACACCCGUUUCUGGGAUCUCCGGGGCCCCAGUUUCAUGGAACUCAAGUCUGAGGUGACAGAGGUGCCCGCCUCCCAGAUGAUGCAGACUCCGCCCACCCGUCCACUAGAUUCAGGCUGUGGGGAUCUCGUCUGGAUUGGGGAGCCAGUCAGCCACAGACAGGCGGAGAGCAUCGCGGGCAAGUAUGGGGUGUGGAUGAGAGACCCCGAGCCGAUGCCCCCCUACACAGCCGAGACCGUCUGGCGAGUGGACACCGUGGGCAGCGACGUGCGCCAGCUCUUCUGCUACGAGAAUGGAGAGCAGUUUGAAAGGGGAUUUCCCAGCCGAGUGCUGGUCCUGCCCGAGGCGAUGGAGAGCACGGGGGCCGUGGUGUUUGGGGGCUCGCUCUACUACCAGCGGCGCAAGUCUCGCACCCUCAUCCGCUACGACCUGAACAGCGAGAGCAUCGCCGCCCGAGAGCUACCCCACGCCGGCUUUCACGGCCAGUACCCCUACUCGUGGGGCGGCUACACCGACAUCGACCUGGCCGUCGACGAGAGUGGCCUGUGGGCCAUCUACAGCACCAGCAAGGCCAGGGGGGCCAUCGUCCUGUCCCAGCUCAACCCGGCCAGCCUCGAGGUGCGGCGUACCCUGCAGACCAACAUCCGCAAGCAGGCCGUGGCCAACGCCUUCCUGGUGUGCGGCACGCUCUACACGCUGGCCAGCUACGGCACUGCCAACUCCACCAUCAACUACGGCUUCAGCACGGCGGUGGCGGUGGGACGGCCCCUCCACAUCCCCUUCCAGAACCGCUUUGGCUAUACGAGUACGCUGGACUACAACCCCGCAGAGAGAAGGCUGUUUGCCUGGGACAACUACCACAUGGUGACCUACGAGGUGCGGCUGAGCCAGUGACCGGGGUGG